GAACUAAAUCACAUGCCCCUGACUGUUUCCUUGUUUAUAUCAAAAUGGCUUUUCAAACGUGUGGUUUGCUUCUGUGUAAAGUAACCUUAUUUUUCCUGUUUUCUGUCUUUGUUGUCGGAGAGGGACUGUAUAAGGGGUUUAGGAAGUUUAAUCAAGGGCAGGAUACCAGACAGAAAGCAGUGCUUGAGGAGCAGUGGUUCACUCAGAAACUGGAUCACUUCAAUGGUGCAGACAGCAGAGAGUGGAAGCAAAGGUACUUUGUAAAUGAAGCCUUCUACAAGCCGGGUGGUCCAGUGUUUCUGAUGAUAGGUGGAGAGGGCCCGGCCAAUCCAGCCUGGAUGCAGUACGGCACCUGGCUCACCUAUGCCGAGAAACUAGGAGCACUUUGCUUGAUGCUGGAACAUCGCUUCUAUGGAAAGAGUCACCCGACCGUUGACCUCAGCACAGACAACCUGCGUUUCCUCAGUAGUCGUCAGGCGUUGGCUGACCUGGCACACUUCCGCACGGUGGUGGCGGAGACCCGAGGGCUUACAGACAGGAAAUGGGUGGCGUUUGGCGGGUCGUACCCAGGCUCUCUCGCUGCUUGGUUCAGGAUGAAGUAUCCUCACCUGGUCCAUGCCUCUGUGGCCACGAGUGCACCUGUUCAUGCUACUGUCAACUUCCCAGAGUACUUGGAGGUUGUGUGGCGUUCGCUGGCCUCAGAGAACACAGAGUGCCCCCUACUGGUAAAAAAGGCUUCAGAUAACCUUCUGGAGCGCUUGAAGGACACCAAGACCUAUGACAACAUCACCAAAGACUUCAACUUGUGUUCCAAACUGCAGAUCCAGACAGAGAUGGACUCUGCCUACUUCCUGGAAACGCUGGCUGGCAACUUCAUGGAUGUGGUCCAGUACAAUGAAGACAACAGGGGGUUUGAGGGCGUGAUAGGCACCAACAUCACCAUCAAGGUGCUGUGUGGUGUGAUGGGUGACACCUCACUGGGGGAGCCUUAUGCCCGGUAUGCUGCUGUGGCCCGCCUCAUGAUGGACACCUUCGCUAUGAAAUGCCUGGAUGCCAGCUUCAGUAACUACCUCAGAGACAUGACUAAUACAUCCUGGGAUGGGCUGGCUGCAGGGGGAGGGAGACAGUGGGUCUACCAGACCUGCACUGAAUUUGGAUUCUACCAGAGCACUGAUUCGCCCAACCAACCAUUCACUGGCUUCCCUCUUGUGUAUCAUUUGAAACAGUGUGCAGACUUCUACAAUGUCAGUGCCGAGCAGCUGGCGGAGGCCGUGGCCCAGACCAAUGAGUAUUACGGCGGCUAUGGCAUACGCUCCACCAGAAUAGUUUUUCCCAACGGGUCCAUUGACCCCUGGCACGCCUUGGGAAUCACCCAGGACAUCACACCUGAUCUCCCUGCUGUUUUCAUCAAAGGAACAGCCCACUGUGCCAACAUGUAUCCUGCCAGGAGCGAGGAUCUCCCCCAGCUGGCUCUGGCCCGUGACCACAUCUUCUUACUUCUCCAGCAGUGGUUGAAGCAAUGACUGACAGCCAAACGGGCCAAUCAAUGGCUUUGCAAAGCAAACUAAUUAAUUACUCUUUUGUCCAGAUCAUUGACAUUGGUGUGACACUGCUUAUUACUACUUUACUGCCACGUUUAUGACUGCUUGAAAAGGCACUUUACACAAACAUCUAUAGGUACAAAGUUCAGGUAUUUUAAAUGAGUGAGACAAUUUUGAGCUGAUGAAUAAAGAUGUUUUUUUUUAGCUA